CACUCUCCCCCAGUCAGUCACACUGCCCCCCAGUCACUCCCUCUCCCCCUCCCCCGGCUCCCGUUCCCGGGCAACACCAUGGAUACCGUGCUGGAGCAGCUCGCCGGCCUCGACACCUUCUCCAGCGCCGCAGCCGCCGCCUACUUGGACGAUGAAGACCUGUUCACAGCCCAGUCGCCCAGGCAUCACCUGGACGCAGACGAGUUCCUGGAGAACGACGUGGACUUUCUGAGCAGCGACAUGAACGAAUACUACAAGGAGCACAGGCUGGCGCGGGAUGGGGAGCACUGCGACUCGGGCAUCCUGUCUUUCACCUCGUCCUCCUCGCCCUUUUCCUUUGACUGCCCCGACAGCGCUUCCGAGGUUUCCCCGCAGUUUAAUGCAACCGACGGCGCUGCAAAGAGACGCAGAAGGAUCCGCUCAGAAGUUGAAAUGCAGCACCUCAGGCAGGCUGCAAAUGUCCGGGAGCGCAGACGCAUGCAGUCCAUCAACGAUGCGUUUGAGGGUCUCCGGACUCACAUACCAACGCUACCUUAUGAAAAACGACUUUCAAAAGUUGAUACCCUCCGACUGGCAAUCGGUUACAUCAACUUCUUGACCGAACUUGUUCAAUCUGACAUGCCUUUAGGAAAUUCAAACAACGACCCUACAGUCCAACCUAAAAAAGUCAUAAUCUGCCAUAGAGUUGCAAGAUCGCCAUCUCCCAAUGACCCAGACUACGGUCUGCCUCCUCUGGCAGGGCACUCUUUGUCGUGGACUGACGAGAAUCAGCUUAAAGAACAAAAUAUCAUCAGGACGGCGAAGGUUUGGACUCCAGAAGAUCCCAGAAAAUCUAACAACAAAUCUUUUGUGAAUAAUAUUGAGAACGAACCACCUUUUGACUUUGCCUCGUAAAAGUGCAAUAAGUUUGUAAUUCGCUGCAGGAACAUUAAUGAUCAAUCCUCUAUAUUUAAUGAAAAUUAAUAUAUUAUUACGUAAUUGUUGAUAUUAGAUGAAGAAUAUUUUAAUAUGUGAACCAACGAACCAUUAAUUUAUAUAUUUAUUAUUUUGAAUAGUUCUGUAUAAAAUACACUGCUGGAAUGGCUAAUUUAUCAAAUCAAGUGCUAAUCAACUUCCUAAUGUUUACAUUUCCAGUAAGGUGCAUAAUUGUCUUGGGUUUUCUCGUAAAUAUUUU